GCAGGAGAAAGCUCAAGUGGAGGAGGCCAGAUACAAACUCAGCGACAAAGCAUCACUGGCGGCAUUUCUGCAAGAUGCUGACAUCCGCCUGAUCCGGGCGCCGUACUUGUUCCACCUUCGCAGACACAAUAUUCCUCUUCCUAGACGGCAGGAAGCUGAAGGCGAAGUGUGCGAAAAGGACUCGGUGCAAAUGUCAGCACUGGUAACCCACAGUGAAGUCCGUAAGUGGGCUGCCGGCAGCAAGGAUGCGAUCAUAUGUUCGGUCUCCCAUGCUUGGGAGACCCGCGAACAUCCCGAUCCCUGCUGUUUUCAGCUUGGGCAUCUUGUAGAUACGAUCUCAUUGUAUGAGGCCGCAUACUAUUCUGAGAUCUGGGUGUUCUACGACUACACCUCACUUUACCAGUUCGAGCGGGAAACGGAUGCACAAAGAGAGAGCUUCGCACGUGCCAUGGGAAACAUGCAUGUCAUGUAUGCUCAUGACUGCAGCUUGACCUUGCGCAUCGAAGGCUUGACUCCACCACAUAUUUGGAAUGCGAUGCUGAAAGAUGAGAGCAGAAAGGUUCCCGUAUAUCACAUGCCAAGUGGUUCGCUCCAAGCCUUACCGCUCAAAGAGUUGAUGCACAAUCGCACACCAUAUCUUCAGCGGGGAUGGUGCUUAGCGGAGGUGCAGUGGUCUGCGGUACGUGGCACCACUGCGCAGAACCAAUGCAUCUAUGGUUUCUACGACGAGAGCAGUUCGGGCCAGGUGCCGUUGACCCCUGAAGCCUUUGCUGAGCAGAUGCGAACAUCGGCCUUCACCCACCGCAAUGAUGCAGAAACGGUUGUUGAACUGCAGAAGAAGGUCUUCUUUGAAAGGGUCACAUGUUGCAAGGAGGUGUUCUUUGAGAACUUGCUAGAAGAGGACCUGGAGAAGUUGGUGGAGUCUUUAGAGCACUACAAGGAUCUCCGGUCCUUCAAGCUUAAAAACUGGGAAGGUACUCCCGAGCUGGUGGCUUCGCUGGUGCAGGUGCUGGGUGCUUCAACUUGCCUCGAAGAGCUUUGCAUCAUGCAUGGCGACAACUAUAGGGGCGGGGAAGAGAAUCAAGGGACUGGAAAUUGCCUGGCGAAGGCCUUGGGUGAGGUGCUCCGGCACAACUGCACCUUGAAGAAGAUCACUCUAGGGUUUAAUGGCAUAGAGACCGAGGGCUGCAAGGCGCUGCUGGCCGGGCUUCGUCGUAACAAAAUCAUCACUGAGAUCAACAUUCGUUAUGAGAUUGAUGCAGAUCCGGAGGUGCUAGUCAAAGUUGAGAAGAUCGUGGCGGCCAACCAAGCCGGAGUGGUGCAGAAUGCCUUCAAGCGCUUCUGGAAUGUCUUCUUCAAGGCCAGAACUGCAGAGACAGAGAAUGACGGGCCCAAGAAGGCAUCAGCAGAGACAGAGAAUGACGGGCCCAAGAAGGCAUCAGCCUUUCCAUCUGAGCCUCGCAUCAAGGUGAGUCCAUUUCUGAGUGGGAAAAGGCCUUCUGCUAAAAAUGUUGCACAAGAACUUGCCCCUUCUCGCCCUAUGCCCUGUAAAGCGCAGCCAGAAUGAAUGAAAAAUACUCCAAUCACACUGCCCAGUCACACUCUUCACCCCAACUACGGUAAAGGAAACCGUCAGUUUUCCAGGAGUCGCCCCUCACGAAGGAUUCUCAUUGAUCGAUGCGAGAGCUGCGUUGGCGUGACGUUGCUUUCGCAACCUUUUGCCAUUGUCCAAAUGUGAUCGAUAAGGCCCUGCGAUAGAAGGAGGUUUGUGUCAGAUUUGUGUGGAUUAAAUAGCGCAGAAACGUAACACGUUCAAGUGUGGAGGGCGAUUUCGCUGCGCAAGCGCAGCGUCUCGUGAGAUCAGCAUUUUGAGCCGCUGUGCCAUUGGGAUUUGCUCUUCAAGCGCUUGCUUUGCAGACAGGUCUCAGGCAAAACUUGUGAUUGUUUGAGGGAGCGGGGUCGAGCAGCAACAGGCCGAAAUCAAUCCAAAGGUGUGGCGCGGUGUAAAUUUUGUUAGACGCGGGAAGGCGCGGCAAGUGCGGGAAGCAUGCGUGUGUAAACGCGGCGUGUCGCUG